AUGCGCGGGAUCCUCCGGGAGCUGCAUGCCAGAGGGCACGAAAUUGUAGUAAUUGCUCCCGAAGUGACUGCUCUCAUCCAAGAAGCCACAUUUUACAAGCUCAUUCGGUAUCCGGUGCCCUACCAGAAGGAGGAUAUGGAGGCCAGCUUCCAAUGGAUUAGAAACCAUGUCUUCGAGAAGUUAACAUUCUGGGAGUACCUUUCUAGCACAAUAGAGAAGAUGAAAAAUAGCUCCGAUUUGCUUUUUACUGCCUGUUCCCACUUGGUCUAUAAUAAGGAGUUGAUGACCCAUCUUGAAGAAAUGUCCUUUGAUGCUGUCUUCACUAGUCCGUUCCUCCUCUGUGGGCCAAUCGUUGCCAGGUACCUCUCUCUUCCUGCUGCCUACAUUGUGCACGGGAUGCCGUGUAGUCUUGAUUCGGCCGGCACUAAGUGCCCCAACCCCUCCUCGUAUAUUCCUCGCAGCUUCUCUGGUAACACAGACCGGAUGACUUUGGGGCAGCGCGUGAAGAACAUGUUGCUCACGAUGGCAGAGCUCUUUCUGUGCGAUUUCGUCUAUUCUCCAUAUGAGCGUCUUGCUUCUGAGCUCCUUAACAGACAGGUGACCACUAUGGACCUUCUGAGCUAUGGAUCCGUUUGGCUGCUGAAAAGCGACUGGGUGAAAGAGUAUGCCAGACCCGUCAUGCCAAACAUGGUUUUCAUCGGGGGCGUAAACUGUGUUUCUAGAAAGCCAUUGUCUCAGGUAGGUGGUGGAUCCAAACGGUCUCCCUUUCUUUCGCACCUCUCCGUCCAUCAGGUGCAUGCUCGGUGCUUCGCUAGCCACUGA